CCUAGGACUAAGUGAUCACCGGUGCUCAGUGCCAUGGCAGGUGGAGAUCACCAGUGCAUGGCUGCCGCCGCGGCGGCUGCUGCCGGCGAUGGAGGCGCCAGCGUGGAGUCCGCGUUGAGGCCCCUUGUUGGUGCAGACGCCUGGGACUACUGCAUCUACUGGAGGCUCUCUCCUGACCAGAGGUUCUUGGAGAUGACUGGGUUCUGCUGUAGUAGCGAGUUCGAGGCACAGAUUUCUGCACUUGGCGAGCUGCCUUCAUCAAUCCCUCUGGAUUCCUCAUCUGCAGGGAUGCACGCCGAGGCAAUGCUGUCCAACCAGCCGAUCUGGCAGACCAGCUGCGUGUCAGAGAUCCCAGCAAGUUACUCCAGUGAGCACGCAUCCUCCGGUGGCCCGAGGACGCGGCUGCUGGUGCCUGUCGCCGGCGGCCUCGUCGAGCUCUUCGCCGCCAGAUUCAUGGCGGAGGAGGAGCAGAUGGCGGAGCUGGUCAUGGCGCAGUGCGGGGUGCCGGCGGCGGGGGCGGGCGACGGCGAGGGGAACGAGGGCGGCGUCGUCGUGAACGCGUGGCCGGAGGCGGCGCCGGGCUUCGCGUGGGACGGCGCCGCGGCGGACCCGCAGCGGAUGUACGCUGCGGUGCCGUCGCUCAACCUGUUCGACGCCGCGGGCAACGUCGCGGCGGACGCGUUCCUGGCGGCGGCGGCGGCGCCCGGGGUGGUCGACGACGCGGACGCGGCGGCGGCGGGGUGGCAGUACGCCGCGGCGGCCGGGAGCGAGCCGUCGGUGGUGGCGGUGCAGCAGGAGCAGCCGCAGCCGCUGCAAAACGGCGGUGCGCGCGCUGGAGGCGCGGACUCGGGGUCCGAAGGGAGCGACAUCCAGGGGGACCCCGAGGACGACGGCGACGGCGACGGGCAGGGGCGGGGCGGCGGCAAGCGGCAGCAGUGCAAGAACCUGGUGGCGGAGCGGAGGCGGAGGAAGAAGCUCAACGACCGGCUCUACAAGCUCAGGUCGCUCGUCCCCAACAUCACCAAGAUGGAUCGCGCGUCGAUUCUUGGGGACGCGAUCGACUACAUCGUGGGGCUGCAGAAUCAGGUGAAGGAGCUGCAGGACGAGCUGGAGGACCGGGCGGACGGCGCCCCAGACGUGCUCCUGGACCACCCGCCGCCGGCGAGCCUGGUGGGGCUGGAGAACGACGACUCACCGCGCACGAGCCUGCACCAGCCGGCGGCCGCCGGGAGCAAGAGGCCCCGGGCGGCGGCGGAGGAGGAGAAGGGGCACGACAUGGAGCCGCAGGUGGAGGUGCGGCAGGUGGAGGCCAACGAGUUCUUCCUGCAGGUGCUGUGCGAGCACAAGCCCGGGCACUUCGUCCGGCUCAUGGACGCCGUCAACGCGCUGGGCCUCGAGGUCACCAACGUCAACGUCACCUCCUACAAGACCCUUGUCCUCAACGUCUUCCGCGUCGUCAGUCGGGACAACGAGGUGGCGGUGCAGGCGGACAGGGUGAGGGACUCGCUGCUGGAGGUGAUGCGGGAGUCCUACGGCGUGUGGUCGUCGAAGCCGCCGGUGAUGGGGAGCGGCGGCGCCGACGCCAAGCUCGACGGCGUUGACGUCAAGCUCGACGACGUCGAUGCGCAGGCGCAGGCCGCGGCAGAGGACCACUUCGGCGGCUACAACCAUCUCCUCCAAUACCUCGCUUGAUCAUUUUCUCUACCAGUCUACUGUUCAUGUCCACCCAAGGGGAUCAAUCAAUAAACGGGUUCCGUAUAAUUAACAGUGUUGAUUAAAAUGAGUUAUUAUUAAUCGAAGCUUAAUUUUCUGCUC